AUGCCACGACACUCAACCGGUACUAUCAGACCAUCUUCUUCAACACAACACCUAUUGUCAAGUCCCACAGCUGAAGUCUAUUGUCAUACCUCCACUGCACCCUCUCAUACAUUGCGCGCACCCUCUCAUAUCCCGCGCACCCUCUUGUACAUCCGGCACACCCUCUCGCACCUCUCAGACCUCCACCCUCUCAUACAUCGCACGCACCCUCUCGUACAUCCUGCGCACCCCUCUCAUGGCUCCAAUCCACCCUCUCGUACAUCCAGUGCACGCUCUCAUGAUCCGUCAAUCCUCGUUCAGGCAAGAGCCAUGCUGAUCCGAGUCGUUGCCCACCGUUUGCAGACUUUUGCGACGUUCCCAAUGCGACGGACACCAUGCGCGAAUGCCCAGCGCGUGCCAGCAAAUUUGCCCGUGCCUCCACUCCUCCUUCUUGUGCCAUCCACAUAUGUUCGAGUCACGUCAGCAUUCACUGACGUGUGCUGGACAUAUGUGCUAAGCACUGGCGGUGAUACCUAUGAGCGGGUACGGGUUUUUGCCGGGUGCGGGUGCGGGUAUGGCCUCCAAUACCCGGGGGUUUACCCGUGCAGUUCCCUACCAUUGGAUGCCGCUUCUUUACUGGCAUUGGUGCUGGAAGGCGUGGCAUACGGUUUUUCAAUCCUCAUGUUUAUCGGUACUAUCUGGGCUUUGACCUACAAACAGCGUACGCAGGAUGUCAGUCGCCCAAUCAUUGUGGUGGCCAUCCUGCUAUUGAUACUGAGUACUGUGCACAUCGUCGUGAACAUUGUUCGUGUCGAAGACGGACUAGUGAAGUAUCGUAACACGUUCCUGGGUGGGCCAGUGGUAUUCUUUGCCGACCUUUCCCAAUACACAUUUACGAUCAAGAAUGUGUUAUACAUCUUGCAAACUCUAGUGGCCGACGGGGUAGUGAUUUAUCGAUGUUAUGUUGUAUGGCAAUCACUCUUGGUCAUUGUCCUACCGGGCAUGCUGUGGUGCAGUGUUGCAGUGACUGGUGUCUUUGCAACCUACAGCUUUUCGCAAGUCACAACUGACUCCGAACAAUUCUAUAACGAGCGUGGGAAACCUGCAUAUUGGGUUACUGCAUUCUUUGCCUCGUCUAUUGCAACGAAUUUGUUGAGUUCAGCAUUACUUGCGUAUCGUAUCUGGAUGAUUGAACGUGAAAUCUUUCCACUUCGCACCAAGAAGAACACCACGAUGCCGAUUGCCAUACGUGUGCUCGUGGAUUCUGCUGUUUUGUACUCUGUGGCGCUCUUGACCGCAUUAAUCUCUUAUGCUUGCUCGAACAAUGGAGACAUUCUCAUGGUGGACAUGCUCAUGCCCCUCAUAUCGAUCGCCUUCUACAUGGUCCUUAUUCGCAUCGCAAUCAAUAGAAAACACAUUCAUAUCUCGACUAUAGGGAUGAUCAGUGCAACAGAACCAAGCAGAUUGCAGCAGUAUCCUAUGCAGCCCUUGCAGGUCACUAUAUCCAAAUUUACGCAUCGUGACAGUAACACAGUAUAUGGAAUCGAGAAUAAGGAUCGGCCAUCGACGUCCGACAUUCAUGGCGGAAUCUAGAGGGGGCUCCCCAGAAUUGUAAGCAAACUGAGCAUCGUUUUUUUUGUAUUUCCCCAUAGAUUUGUUUGUGCUUCAAAUUUAACAUAUCAUCAUGCUUGCACACAGUUCUUGUUAUCCGUUUCGUUGCAAUUAUAUUCCUCUGUCGUCGUCAAAUGACUGGAUUCUCAUCCAGACUGUCAUCGUUAUCGUAUACACCCCAUAUUUCGAUUAAAUGUGCAUCAUGUUGCAGGAACAGUAUUUCCGAGUCAUUUCCGCAUGUCACGAGCUAGGAAUUAACAUUUAAUGACGGCGAAAACGUGUGUACACAGUGUAA